AUCCCCGAAUCUGCCUUACAUGUAGCCUGCAGAUCCAACCCUUUUGUCUUGACAUUAACGCCCCCUUGCUCCCGGCAGCCUGUUCGAAGAUCGUGGCGCAGCGCCUGAGCCAGCAGGGCCUCACGCCCAACAACUCCCGGCCAGGAACCCCGACGCACCUCCUGCGCUACCCCUCGACCAACAAUGGCUACACCCCCGCCCCGUACUCCAACAUCUCGGCGCCUCUGACACCGCAGAUCACCUCCAGCCAGCAAGUGACGCCGCCCAUCUCCGGCUCCUCUCCUAGUCAUAUGUUCACCAACACGGUCGCGAAGGAUGGAACCCUAAGGAGCAGCCACGGGAGCGGCGCCGAGCUGACGGCCAUGACCCGCACCGACUCGUUCCGCGACGACGGCUUCAAGCGCGUGAGUGCGCCCGGGGCCGUGACGAGCGCCACCUUCAUGGCUCCCCCGCCGCCCCCCACCACCACCACCCCGGCCCCCGCCACCAUCAUGGACGCCAUCCCCGCGCCCAGGGACAGCAAGGACCUGCCCACGCCCAGCUCCACGCCCACCACGUCCAGGAAGAGCCGGAGAAAAUCGAACCUGUUCACGCCGUCGAAAAAGAGCGACGAGAAGGACAAGAACAAGAACGGCGAGGUGGGCAGCGGGCGGGCCAUCCCCAUCAAGCAGGGCUACCUCUACAAGAAGUCCAACAAGGCCCUCAACAAGGACUGGAAGAAGAAGUACGUCACCCUGUGCGACAACGGACGGCUCACGUACCACCCCAGUUUGCACGACUACAUGGAGGACGUACACGGCAAGGAGAUCUCCCUGCAGUACACCACAGUCAAGGUCCCCGGGAUGAAGCCCCGCGGGUCCAAGGUCGUGCCGGGCAGUGGGGGGAGCGACCCCCUGUCCGCGGAGAUGCACACCCUCAACAUCGCCUCGGUGGGCACCCCGGGGCCGCCGCUCACGGGCAGGUCGUCCCUUGGGGGGCCGCUGCAGUCAAACAAGGACAAGGUGACACUCACUUCAUAUGAGACUCUCCACGACCCAGCAGGAGUCAAUGGAUUAGACUCUACUAGUAUAUCUUCUAAAAUUGAGACGCCCAAUGUUAAGAAGCGACACAGGAGAAUGAAAAGCAGUGGGAAUAAAAAUGCUGAAUGCGAAGACUCCGACGGCUACGAGUUCAGCCUGGUGUCCCUCGACAACAAGCAGUGGCACUUCGAGGCCGGCAGCCAGGAAGAGAGGGACGAGUGGGUCUCGGCCAUCGAGCAGCAGAUCCUGUACUCGCUUCAGGGCAAUGAGUCGAACAAGAGCAAGACGCGCCAGGGGCACCCCAUUGACGCUCAGACCAUCGCGACGCUCAAGAACCAGGUGCCGGGCAAUCUCCAGUGCGUCGACUGCGAUGCGCCGAAUCCCGAAUGGGCUAGUAUCAACCUUGGCGUGCUGAUGUGCAUCGAGUGCUCUGGAAUCCACAGAAAUCUUGGGUCUCACAUCUCGAAAGUCAGAUCUCUCGACUUGGAUGAAUGGCCGCCUGGACCCCUAUCGGUCAUGAUGUCACUGGGUAAUGAAAUGGGCAACAGCAUCUGGGAAGCCCACACGAGAGGCCAGGCGAAGCCCAACCUCCGCUCGAGUCGUGAGGACAAGGAGCGCUGGAUAAGAGCGAAAUACGAGGGCAAGGAGUUCAUUGCUAUGCCGCAGUCUGGCAUUCCUCUUAAUGAACAGGUUGUUGACUGCGUUUGUCGCGGCGAUGUCCAGAGACUGUCGGCCUUGUUGCCUCACGCCGGCGAUGCGGUGAACAGCCCCCUUGCCCCCCACCGCGACUUGAGGACACCCUUGCACUUAGCCGCAGCCUUCCCCUCCUUGUCCUGCGUGCAGCUUCUCCUCUGGUACAACGCCAGUGUGAAGAUUUGCGAUGCUGAAGGGAGGUCCAGCCUCUUCUACGCCCGGACGGCUGGUGAUAAGGAGGUGAUCGACCUGCUGCUGCAGAACGGGUGCCCGGACUCCGUGGUGGCUGUCCCGCCCAUCACGCCCCACACGCCGGCGCUGUCCCACUCCACGUUCCCUCUCUCGACCACCACGCCGCAGCCGUCGACGCUGCCCCGCAGAAAAGGCUCGAUAAGCAGGAAGCCAGAAAUGCUCGACAAACUCCAAGCGAGUGUGAUAUAGUUUCGUGAGCCAGUGAUAAAAUAGGACGUUGCAGUUUUAAAGGGGUUUACUAUAUAUAUUAAAAAAUGAUGAUGGUAAUAAUAAUAAUAAUAAUAACGAAUUGAUUGUUUAGACUCCAGUAACUUCAUGCCCUCUUCAUGCUAGUAAAUGCUUACUGCCUAGAUAUAUUUUGAGGCCACUUUAAGACUGUAAGAACACGUGACCAGUGACCACCAGCCAUGGCCUGCGUGGCCUGCCUGGGCCGUGCGAGCCGAACUCUUGUACCAGGGGAGGGAAAACACAUCAUUAGAGAGAGAGAGAGAGAGAGAGAGAGAGAGAGAGAGAGAGAGAGAGAGAGAGAGAGAGAGAGAGAGAGAGAGAGAGAGAGAGAGAGAGAGAGAGAGAGAGAGAGAGAGAGAGAGAGAGAGAGAGAGAGAGAGAGAGAGAUAGAGAUAGAGAUAUUGGCCUAGAUUACUCUGGCUAAUAAGUACGUACUCAUUGUCUGCCUGUGAUCAUCUAUUGGUGAUGUGUUGCAGUCGCAUGUCUUUUUGAAAACACAUCACACACUUGGAGAUCCUCAUCAUUUCCCAAACAUUCAACUAAGAAUUCCUUGAACUUGUGCAAAGUUCGCUGAGUAGAUGUACAUAGGAAGUGAGCAUACCAUGAGCCCAUUUGUAAACUUCAUCAUCCUGCGCCCUCAAGAGUGUCGUCUGUCAUGGUUGUAAAUAUAAUGAACAAUGACGUACCAAAGGUUGAAUGCGAGUGAGAUAUAUAUUGUAGAUUUAUGUAUGUAUUGGUUCAGUCCAAGUGUAAAGAUGAUUAUCCUGCUCAAGAUACAAAUGUAUGAAGCCAAAGUUCAUAUAAUCCCUGUAUUAGAGGCACAUCAAGAGAUGUGUAGAAUAAAUCAAGCUGUCGAACCGGAGGAAGAUGACUAAAGCACACAAGAUCUAUGUUGUUUUGUGUAUUAUCAUUGGGGAGUGUAUCGAGUAACAGGAUACACGAAAAUAUACGAAAAAGCCCUAUGUUAAUAAAAAUAGACACUUGAUGGGUUACGAAGUCUGAAACUCGGCCCCUCUAUUACUCAAAUUGUAUGUUUAUUAUACAUUAGGGUAAAGCAAAAAAGGUGAUAUUAUAGUGUUAUAAAAAAUAUGUAUAUCCCCGAAUGUUUAUAAUGGUUAUCUUUGGAUAUAUGAUUUUAGAAGGUCCCAAUAAAACGAAAAACCAAAACAGCUGAAACUUGGGUCGACUGUCUUCUUCCUCCCUCGAUGUGCCAUUGUCUUUGUUGUGCUUUCGUGUUACAGUCUCUCUAAAUCGACACACUAUGGGAUGGCUGCUGACCUGGCUCUCAUCUCUGAUCCAUAGUAUCUGUAAAACUCACAUUUCUUCAUAAAAAAAUGUAACUGACCUUUGUCACUUGAGGCCGAAAAAAAUGGAGAGGACUGUAUAAGGAGGAUAUUGUUAGUGUACAAAUCUUGUUACUUAGCUAUCAUUUGUAUAUUUGUAUAUAUAUAUAUGACAUGUCCGUUCUUCCUAGCCCUGUAAUCUCAAAGAAUUCCUCCUUUUUAUGAUACAGUAAAAUAUAUUUGUGAAAAAGAAGCAUCAUCAUCAUUUAGACAUCAUAGAAAAGACCAUACCUCAGAUUUCUGCAUAUUGUGACUGUUCUGUAACCUGCCUGUGUUGUAACGAGAUCAGCAUCUUGUGUUUAUUGUUUUGAACAUUUUGUAAACAAGGCAAUACUCAGUGUUUAAAAGAAAAAAAUCACUUAUAUUGACUGAUCCUGUUACAAAAUUGACAAGAACAAAACCUGAGAACUCCAAUCAUAAGAGUUUUCAGUGGCACUUUGGAAAGCCUUGAUGUGUAUCCUUGAUAUUUUCCAAAGUAACAGUCAGAUCCCAUAUAAGAGAUUGAAAACCACAAAAAAUCAUACACCAAGUACUGUAAGUCCCUCUAUGUUUACCUGUAUUUAUUACAAACUCAAACCAAUAAAGGAAAGAAAGUAU